ACAGCCCCACUCCUCAAGCAAAGGGCAGCAGGCAGGCAGACAGAAGUUCUAGAACUGGAGGUCUUCAGUCCCUGACCACUCAGCCUGGCCCAGCCCCAUGGCCUUCAAUGACCUCCUGCAGCAAGUGGGGGGUGCCGGACGCUUCCAGCUAAUCCAGGUCACCUUGGUGGUUAUCCCCCUACUGCUGAUGGCUUCCCACAACACCUUGCAGAACUUCACGGCUGCCAUCCCUGCUCACCACUGCCGCCCACCUGCCAAUGCCAACCUCAGCAAAGAUGAAGGUCUGGAGGCCUGGCUGCCCCUAGACAAGCAGGGACGACCCAAGUCUUGCCUCCGUUUCACUUCCCCACAGUGGGUACCACCCUUUCACAACAGCACAGAGGCCAAUGGCACCGGAGUCACAGAGCCCUGCAUUGAUGGCUGGGUCUAUGACAACAGCACUUUCCCUUCAACCAUCGUAACUGAGUGGAACCUUGUGUGCUCCCACCGGGCCUUCCGCCAGCUGGCCCAGUCCCUGUACAUGGUGGGAGUGCUGCUGGGAGCCAUGGUGUUUGGCUACCUGGCAGACAGGCUGGGCCGUCGGAAGGUGCUGAUCUUGAACUACCUGCAGACAGCUGUGUCAGGAACCUGUGCGGCCUAUGCACCCAACUAUACCGUCUACUGUAUUUUCCGGCUCCUCUCGGGCAUGUCUUUGGCUAGCAUUGCAAUCAACUGCAUGACACUAAAUGUGGAAUGGAUGCCCAUCCACACCCGCGCCUACGUGGGCACCUUGAUUGGCUACGUCUACAGUGUGGGCCAGUUCAUCCUAGCUGGUGUGGCCUAUGCUGUGCCCCACUGGCGCCACCUGCAGCUUCUGGUCUCUGUGCCUUUUUUCGUUGCCUUCAUCUACUCCUGGUUCUUCAUUGAGUCAGCCCGCUGGUACUCCUCCUCAGGAAGGCUGGACCUCACCCUCCAAGCCCUGCAGAGAGUGGCCAGGAUCAAUGGGAAACAUGAAGAGGGGGCUAAGCUGAGUAUAGAGGUGCUCCGGACCAGCCUGCAGAAGGAACUGAUGCUAGGCAAAAGCCAGGCCUCGGCUAUGGAGCUACUGCGCUGCCCCACCCUACGCCGCCUCUUCCUCUGCCUCUCCAUGCUGUGGUUUGCCACUAGCUUUGCUUACUACGGGCUGGUCAUGGAUCUGCAAGGCUUUGGGGUCAGCAUGUACCUUAUCCAGGUGAUCUUUGGUGCUGUGGACCUGCCCGCCAAGUUUGUAUGCUUCCUCGUCAUCAACUCCCUGGGCCGCCGGCCUGCACAGUUGGCCUCCCUGCUGCUGGCGGGCAUCUGCAUCCUGGUGAAUGGGGUAAUACCGAAGGACCAGACAAUCAUACGCACCUCCCUGGCUGUGCUAGGGAAAGGCUGCCUGGCUUCCUCUUUCAACUGUAUCUUCCUGUACACUGGAGAGCUGUACCCCACAGUGAUCCGGCAGACAGGCAUGGGCAUGGGCAGCACCAUGGCCCGGGUGGGCAGCAUCGUGAGCCCCCUGGUGAGCAUGACUGCGGAGUUCUACCCCUCCAUGCCUCUCUUCAUCUUCGGCGCUAUCCCUGUGGCCGCCAGUGCUGUCAUUGUCCUCCUGCCAGAGACCUUGGGCCAGCCACUGCCGGAUACAGUGCAGGACCUGAAGAACAGGAGCCGAGGAAAGCAGGGACAACUACAGCAGGAGCAGCAGAAGCAGAUGGUGCCACUCCAGGCCUCAACACAGGAGAAGAAUGGACUCUGAGGAGGAAGGGACCUCUCAUGGC